ACCAGGGACGCGGCGGCGGCGGGACCGGCAGGGUCAGCAUGGGGAAGCAGAAGAAGGCGCGGAAGUACGCGGUCAUGAAGCGCAUGAUCAGCCUCCGGGACGAGCGCCUUAAAGAGAAGGACCGCGUAAAAGCCCCUGUGAAGAAGAAGGAGGACCCGAGUGCCAUCAAAGAGCGGGAGGUGCCCCAGCAUCCCUCUUGCUUGUUCUUCCAAUAUAAUACACAGCUGGGCCCCCCUUACCACAUCCUGGUUGACACUAACUUCAUCAACUUCUCCAUCAAGGCCAAACUGGACCUAGUGCAGUCGAUGAUGGACUGUCUCUAUGCCAAGUGUAUUCCAUGUAUCACAGAUUGUGUAAUGGGUGAAAUUGAAAAGUUAGGACAGAAGUACCGUGUGGCAUUAAGAAUUGCCAAGGACCCUCGCUUUGAACGCUUGCCAUGUAUGCACAAAGGAACCUACGCCGACGACUGCUUGGUGCAGAGGGUCACUCAGCACAAAUGUUACAUUGUGGCCACAGUGGAUAAAGAGCUCAAGCGGAGAAUACGAAAAAUCCCUGGAGUGCCCAUAAUGUAUAUUUCCAGGCACAGGUACAAUAUUGAGAGGAUGCCAGAUGAUUAUGGAGCUCCCCGAUUCUAACCUGUCCAGUCAAGCCAUCAAUGCCCGGACUGUGAGCCAGGACAAGGGUCCUUCUGAUUCUACCCUCCUCCUUUCUUCUUUUGUUGGAACUCUGCUCAUAGGACUGUGGAUAACACCAAACCGACUUCUUAACCUUGUUUUUCUAAGAAAAAGCUAUUUUGAAGAGUCUGGUUUUAUUCAUCCAUCCUCUGCCUUGGUCUGAUUACCUACAGCUGGGAGAAGCAUAUGGGAAAGAGAGGGCAGCAGGACCAAGAAUGUGCCUAGCUCUGCAUCAGGACCAUUGGAAAACAUGAUUUCAGCAUCCUGAAUUAAAUAUUGAUGAUGCAACUCUGAGAAUGAAACCACAAGAGAUUCUAAGUUUCUUACUGCUGCACCUGGAGUAUACCUGGGACAGGUAUUCCUUUGGGAAGCUACCUCACACCUGUUCAGUCAAAUCAGCAUCUGCAUUCUGCAAAAAAGACAUCAGAUCUGCACCAGUUGGUGGCUUUCUCUGGAAAAGCAGUCUAGAUUUUAUUCAGAAUUGAUAGGCUUUUAUUCAACUGCACAGUGAAUGAAGUUUGUUUAAACCUCCUCU